AUCGAGCCAUUUUCAUUUCUGCUAUCGUCAGUGCUGCCUCGCUAUCAAACAUCCCCUCAUUCAUAAGAAGAAUACAAAGAAACCUAUCAGUUAUCUGUCGCCUAAGGUUUUUCCUGAAAGGGAAUCUAUUCCCUAGGCCGACCAGCGCAAUAAUAACGUUGUUUUGCCAGCCGUGCGGUUGAGUCGAGUUUUUUUUAUAAAGUCGGAAAAUUUAAGUUCGUUGGCACGAAAUUUUAGCUCAAGUGAAAACGUGAAGCCAUUCGCGAAAAAUCGAUAAUAAAACAGAACCAACGGGAGGCCAAAAUCGGGAGACGUCAGAAAGUUGGAGUACUCAGCAAUAAGACGCAAUUUUCCUAUUAUAUAGGAUAAACUAGACCAAAUUUAUCUAGGCAAUACAAUUAGUGUAGUUUUACAACUAGAAUUGUUCGUUCAGCUCGCGUUAAGCAAAAGUAAUCGGGAUCGAAUCGGUUCGGGCGUACCAGUCAGUGUGAAUAAAACAUGAUGUUCCUUCUUCGGGCCGACGACUGAAGGGAAGGGAAAAUCAAUUUCCUCUUCAGUGAAAACCCAAAACGUUAGGGUAUAAUUCAAUUAAAAUAGAUUAAUUUUACAAUCUCACGGUAAUCGUUCACGCAAACGAGGUUGAAAGUUGCAUACAUUCGGGCGUCUGACGGAUUGAAAAACGUGUACGACCAAAACGGCAAAGUUGGGUGCCAGCUGCAAGUUUUUAGCAUCAGCCGUCACUCCACAGACAAAUCCAAUGAAACCAAGUUUUAAAAACGGAAAAUUCGCAACAUCAAUCUAUGAAAAAUGUCUUUGCCAAAAGAGUGGAAUCUCCAGGCAUCGCAGGUCUGUAUCGAUAAACCUGUCCGACCUCAAAGUCUGUUAUCGGACGAUAUUGAGAUACAGCAGAAGUAUGAGAACAAGUUCCUUCAUGCCGUGUACCACCCGUCAAUUCCUGACCACUGCCGGGCACCGCUUAACGCAGCUAUGCUGGCCGAGUGCGACAACAGCGGAUCCCUGUUCUCGAUCCAGUCAGCACCGGUUGUGCCGACGGCCAACAGCACCGGAAUCCCCGACCCAAUGUUGGCCAUUGACCCGAUGGGACUGGAUGCCAUUCUGGACAGACAGCGAGAUUCUCACCCAGGCACCGGCAGUUCCAUCGGGCCGCUCGUCUUCCCUGGACACAGUGCCGGUCCCAAGGAGAAUCUCAAAGAUACCCUACUACGCCCUUCCUCUCUGGCAUUUGAUACUUAUUUUCAAACAAAUAAAUCCCCACACGCUGAAGCGCAACUGUCUACAGAACUGGACGAAGACGACAACGAAAAUCUAUUGACUGUCUCAAGCCUAACCGCAAGGCCAUUGAUAGCAAAGUCUCGAGAGAUCAGAAGCAAAAAAGAAAAGCUUCAACUGAGACGUAAGAAGGAAGUAUGCACCGAAACGAGCAGCGAGGACGAUGUGGAUGGCCCACCAGACGGGGGCUAUGGAUGGAUCAUCGUUUUCGGCGCCUUCUCGGUACAGUUCUGGGUAGCCGGUCUGGUGAAAUCGUACGGAGUGUUGUACGUAGAAAUCAUGGAAAGCUUCCCGAACUCGUCGGCUACCACAGCCUCGUGGAUUCCAGCCAUCUUGUCCGCUUUGUGUUUAGCUUUAGCUCCGGUGUCUAGUGCUCUGUGUCAACGCUUUUCCUGUCGCGUAGUCGUCAUCAUCGGUGGUGUCUUCUGUGGGCUCGGACUCACGUUGAGCUACUUUGCCACCAGCUUGUUUCAUUUGUUGUUCACCUUUGGAAUACUCACCGGGAUCGGAGGCGGUUUGUCUACCACUCCCGGAAUCGUCAUCGUAUCGCAGUAUUUCGAGAAGCGACGAGCUCUCGCCAAUGGAAUCACUAUCUCCGGAACAGCCGCUGGAAGUUUUAUAUUCCCAACAAUGAUUGAACGACUAAUCUAUUCCUUUGGAUUUCAUGGCACCCUGCUGAUUUUAGGAGGUUGUAUGUUGCACGUUUGCGUAUCUGGGGCACUCUACCGCCCAGUCGACGAAUACGCUCAGAAGAAACCCACUCAAUCCAGGGAAACAGUUUCCUUUUCCUCGAGGUUUGAUUUCAAAGAAAAUCUUGGACAUCUCAGCUCGUCGGAGGAUCAUCUUAGCCGACGAUGUCUGGAGGAUUUAUUUCUGGAUGACGCCAUUCGCGACAAAAACCGUAACAGUCUCAAUAUCGACAGCAAAUUCGUGAACGUAACGGAGAAAACGCUGCAGGAAAGCGAAGACGAACUGAAAGAUAUAAUCUCGAAUCCGAUCUUUCUGAAACCCAUGGCGUCGAUCAGAAGCUGCAGCAUACUGCACUCGGUCGAAGAUCUUAGUACCGAUUCUACCUGUGUAUAUAAGAACCGUGCCAGUGGGUACGAUUCGCACCGUAACAGUAAACGCAUCAAGCAACAGACUCUACCACCUAAGACGGAACAACAGCAACCACCGCAACUUCAAGGACUCCUAGGUCUGGGUAGUGACCCUGCAGAUAAGCCACCAUUGGAGUUGGACAACCCCGCCGUCAUCGGCAACAGCAACAUCACUUCCUCGCUAUCGCAGAACAACAAUCGUGGCUUGAGCAAGAGCAUGGUCAUACCGACGCCGGUUGGAGAUUUGUCCAACAUCUUCGAUGAUGAUUAUGCCGAAUACCGCCGGGGGCUGGUCGAGAAAAUAAGCCAGUACCUGGAUAUAUCACUACUACAAGACAUCACGUUCAUUCUUAUGUGCCUAUCGGUAACGCUUAUGUCGGUCGGGUGUCCGUACAUGCUGUAUUACCUGCCGGCCUACGCUAUCUCUGCCGGUUAUUCAAAGUCGGAGGCAGGGUAUUUGGUAGCAGUCAGCGCAGCACUCGAUUUGAUUGGAAGAUUAGCUCUGGGAUGGCUCUCUGACCUAGAUUUGUUCGACCGGAAAAAAGCUUAUAUCGUUUGUAUACUGGGAGCUGGAACGGCAGUACUUACAAUUGCCUCGACGAAAACGUGGAUUGUGAUCGUGUGCAGCGCCGGAAGCUACGGGCUAUGCCUCGGAAGCUGGUACCUGCUGAUGCCGGUACUACUGGCCGACCUAUUCGGAACCGACCGAAUCAGCUCCAGCUACGGACUGGUGCGGAUGUUUCAAAGUGUUGGUGCAAUCUCGGUGCCACCAUUAGCAGGUCUGCUACGGGACUUGUCCGGUGGCUACGAGAUCUGUUUCUACUGCAUGGGUGUGUGCAUGGUGCUCGGGAGUGUGCCGUUACUUGUGGUCAUUGUCAAGGAUGUGCUGGCACUCAGCGACAAAAAGUUGACCAUGGAUCGCGUGGCUUAGAUGCGGGAGAGGGACGCCGAGGGAUCACCGACAAUAUUACGUAAGCUAUAUUGGUGUGUCGGUAUGUAAGUUGUGAGUGUUUUUCUUUUUCUAGUAUUAAUUUAGUAUUGUACGAAGUAACAAAACAUUUGAUGAUUUUAUAUGUAACUGCAACAGACGGUAUUACAACCAAGUACGUGUAAGCGCGACUAUCGCGCACCUGAAAGGGUAGCACUAUCUCAUAAGUGAUAAUUUUAAGAAAUCGAGAAAAUAAAGACUAGCGCAGAUGCAAACCGAAA